CAUGUGUGACGACAAGAUCAUGAAUGAAAUUUGUGCAACUCAUGUCCAUGAUGAUGAAACCUUUGACUCCGAAUCUCUUUUCAUCAUAGCAGGAAACAUUCUUAAACGAGCCACCCAUAUUGCUGAUAAGGUUCUUAAGGGUUCUCAGUCACACCAAGAGAACUUGGAGGAAAAGGUACCCAAAGCCAACUUCAAGCCCCCACUAUGCACAAUCAAUCAACUUUUUGCCGAGAUGGCAUGCAAGGCACCAUGUGAGGGAAUUGCGUACAAAACAACGAAAUCAAUACUUACUAAACUUUCAAGCUAUUCAUGGGAUGCCAAGGUUGUGAUAACACUUGCUGCUUUUUCUUUUGAGUACGGGAAUUUUUGGCUCCUUGCCCAAUCAUCGGACCAACUCGCCAAAUCAGUGGGAAUCUUGAAACAAGUACCAGAAGGCCUUAAAAAAUACAAGAACUCGAUUGAUGAACUUAACAAGGUGAUCAAAGUCACAUUGGAAGUCAUUGAGUCCAUCUUUGAGUUCAAGAGGCUAUCUAUCUAUGAUACAAAAGAUGUACCAGCAUUAUCAUCUGCCAGGGGCCAUAUCUCAGUGGAUGUCUUCUGGGCUACCAUAACUAUUAUAGCUUGCACGACUCAGAUUUGUUGUAUUACCAGUCAUGAGGAGAAGACACAAGAAUUAUCACCCUUUGCCGAAAAAAUCAACUCCACCCUAAACUUUCUAAAGAUUCGGAUAAAAACUUGCUAUGAACAAAUAGAGCAACUGAAAACUUAUAGGCAACGGAAGAAAAGCAUCCUAACACAUACCGAAAUCAUGGAGGUUUUGAAGGAGUUGAUUUUUGCCAAGGAUAAUUUGCAGGAAAUUUUUGAUGGUUCUACAAAAAAACGGGUUAGCAUUGAGGUCCUGAGAAACAAUAAUGUUCUAUUGUUCUUUUCCAGCCUGGACAUCUCCACCGAUGACAUCUCGAUUCUAAAGCCAAUCGAUGAUGGAAUAAGGAAGAAAGAUCAAUAUAAAAUUCUAUGGAUCCCAAUUGUGGAGAAGUGGACCAAUGAGCUGGAAAAGAAGUUUGAGGCAUUGCAGUCUAAGAUGUCGUGGUACAUAGUGCAAAGUACUGAACCGAUAGUAGGAAUAAGGUUUAUUAAGGAGGAGUGGAAAUUCGAGAAUCAGCCUAUUCUCGUGGUGAUGAACCCACAAGGGCAGGUGGAGCACACGAAUGCACUCCACAUGAUUCGAGCGUGGGGAAUGAAGGCCUUCCCUUUCACUAAAAAGUUUGAAGAACAGUCUGUGGUGAAGGAAUCGAAUUGGUUCGGAGAUAUAGUGGUUGGAAUUGAUCAUCCAAAUUUGCAAGAAUGGAUCAAGGAUGAAAAGUACAUCUUUUUCUACGGAGGCAAGGUCCAGCAGUGGAUCCAACUUCUUACUACAAGACAAACUGCAAUUGCCAAUGAUGCGGGGAUAAAGGAAUCAAGGAUUCGGAUAGAGUCCGUGUGCGUUGGAAAGGGCAGCAAAGGAGAGGGCAACCUGGACAUCUUAGCGCGAUUCUGGACAGGCAUUGAGAGCACGUUCAUUUCCAAGACUCAUAGGAAGACCGAAAUCGACACCAUGACACUUGAAAUCCAGAAACUGCUUUCCUACAAGAAUCAGAGUGGAUGGGCUGUGCUGACUAAAGGAUCUAACGUGGUGCUCAGUGGUCAGGGGACAACUAUGUCGAAGGUUGUACAGGAGUACGAAAAAUGGAAGGGGUUUGUGCAACACAAGGGCUUUGAGUUAGCUAUCAAAGAGUACCAUAAUAAGCUGGUUCUUAACCCCGUGGCCCACAUUUACUGCAGCAUUGAAAUUUCCAACACCAGUGGAAGAAUUCUAGAGAACAUGAAAUGCCCCGACUGUUCCCGCAUCAUGGAGACAUAUAUCAGUUUCAAGUGCUGCCACAUUGAUGGUUCUGCCAAGGGAGGAGUACUGCAUUAA